UGUAUUAAUUUCUUUAUCUCUCUCUAUAUUAUCUCUCUCAUCAGAACAAAAACGGCGGCAUGGCUAAUGUAUUGAAUGAAGACCAAAUCAUGGAGUUUCAAGAAGCUUUCAGUCUAUUUGACAAGGACGGCGAUGGCAGCAUUACUGUGGAGGAAUUGGCAACAGUUAUCAGGUCGUUAGAUAAAAACCCAACAGAGGAAGAACUGCAGGAAAUGAUGAAUGAUGUUGAUACAGGCUCUAAUGGAGCCAUUGAGUUCAAAGAGUUCUUGAACGCCCUAUCCAAAAGAAUGGAGGACACAGAUUCAGAAGAGGAACUUAAAGAAGCUUUCAAGGUCUUUGACAAGGAUCAAAAUGGUUAUAUUUCCGCUAACGAGUUGAGAAACGUGAUGAUAAAUCUGGGGGAAAAACUAACAGAAGAAGAGGCAGAACAGAUGAUCAGAGAGGCUGACCUGGAUGGAGAUGGUCAAGUCAAUUAUGACGAUUUUGUUAAGAUGAUGAUGAAUGUUGGAUAGGGAGGAUUAAUGUAUGCAUGGUUCAUUAAUCCUAUGUGGUCAACACAUAAUUAUAAAUUCAAAUCUUUCUUUAAUUAUUUCCUAAUUAUUAGCAACUGGUUUAGAAUUUGUUUACUGUAGUUGUUGUUCUUGACAUUUCUUUGUCGUUUUAAUGUCCAAGAAAAUAGGAUCAUUUUCCUUAAAAUGUUCGGAGAUGUA